AUCUUUAAAAUGUUGUAAAAACUUAAAGAAAAGUGGUUUCAGAACUGGUAGAUGUUUGGAUGUAAAACAAAAGGAACUGAUUAAUAUUGUUACCCUUUUCAGUAGACUACAAAAUUUUAUAAAAUAGAAGCCUAAACAUAUGCUACAAAAAAUCCUAAAACUAAUAUGAAACUUAAAGAAAAUAUCUCUAAAUCGAAUUUUAUAGAAGUAAAACAAAAAAGAUUUAGAAAAAAUAAAAUCUAUUUUGUUUCAUAAUUAAAAAGCCUCUACUUGCUAGAGGGGAAAAUAGGUAUAAAUAAAAGCCUUAACAUAUGCUACAAUAAAAAUAACAAAAAAUCAACAUUUUCGAAAAGAAAAAUCCUAAAAUAUCAAAAUAUUCAAAGCAAACUGUUACAGAUCAAUAAGAUAAUAAGAUUUUAAAAAGGAUUAAAAAUAUAAGAUACUAUUGGGUUAACAUUUUAUAAAAACAAGGAAUGUUUUAUUUUUGGAAUAACUAAACCUAAACCUACAAAUGUUGAUAGUAAACCCUCAGGUAGAAGCUGCAGCUUAAAAGUAAAUUUAAUUUUUUAUAAAAUUAAAAAUAAACAUUAAUAAUUAUGCCAGAUAUACUUUGACCCAAAACAAAGUCUUCCUAUUAAUCAUAAAUUUAUAAAACAAAAUAAAAGAAUUGUUAUUGUUAAAUACAACAAAUAAACUAUUUAUUUACGCACUCAUACCAAGAAACUCUCAAAACUUCCACUCAUUCAUACAAUAAGCGGAGAAGCCAAAGAAACGUCAUUAACAGAAACUUAUGCUCACUACUUCAUUAUUAACAUAAACAUGCGUAUGUUUAUUUCAUACUAACUGCUCAGUUUCAACAGCUAAUAGUUAAAUAAUCUAAAAGAUACUAAAACAACAAACCAGAAAGAAGUUCAUAACAUUGAUCAGUGCUGCGCUCACGUCAACUCAUCAUAUUGACUUAAGACUCUAUAAGUAUUUUGUCUAUUAUAAGUUGCCAACAAAACAAAUUUAUCGCCACCUCAAAAACAUACGUAUCAAUUAUUUUUUUUUUUUUUGCUUCCCAAAUAGUCCAAAAAAAAUAAACAUAAACACACAAAAUAGACUACCUACUUCCACAAAAAAAAAAUUUAAAAUAAUAAUAAAGUGAUAAGAUAGCAAAAAAAUCGAGCGAAUGCCCAAUAAAAAUAAGCAAACAAUCAACAAUUACAAAAAAAUGCUACUUAUAAAAUUGAAACAGUAUUGAUUUAGACUCUAAAACAUCGUUUUUGUCAGUCAGUUAGUCAGUAGGAAAGUAAAUUUCUAAACUCUCACACACCAGACCAGUGUAGUUCAAUAGUUUAAGAAGACCAGUAGAAAGCUACAACAGCAACAACAAUGACAGAAGCUCGUAUACAAUUUUCAAAACUUAAGGGAUUUCCAAAUUGUAAUGAUCAUGAUAAAAUCGAAACGGAAAAAUUUUUAGCUGCCUCUAAUGAAAUUGUGGAUGUUAUACGUUCCUUUGGUACUUUAUUUACACCCGUUAUUAGUGAUAUGAGCGGCAAUAUUGCUAAAAUUCGCAAAUCUUAUGAAAAGGAUCCUGUUAAAUAUAAAUAUUUGGAAGAUUUAAUUAUACUCAAUGUUAAUGUAGAUAAUUUUGCUGCCAAUGCUUUGUUGUGGCUUAAGCGCGGUUUACAAUUGAUUUGCACUUUCUUUGAGAAUAUUUUCCACGACAAAGAGUCUACAGAAGUUGUCAAGAAGCAUUUGCUGGAUGCUUAUGAGAAGACACUAAAACCAUAUCAUGGUUUUAUUGUACAAAGUACAAUUAAGAUUAUGUAUUCCUGGGUACCGACACGCUCCCAAUUAAUCGGUAAUGGUCCUCAACAUGAUGAAAACAUUAAAGUUCUCGAAACAUUUCUGCCCACGAUGAGAGCUCAUCUUGAUCGCAUUGAUAAUUUACUUAAAAAAUACGAUUUAGAUGAUAAAAGCAAAGUGUAGCGGUUAGUUUAAAAAAAAAACGUAGACAAAAGAGAUUAAGCUUUAAUUUUAAUAUAAACAAAAAUAUAUAUUUCAAUGUUCUUAUUUAACGUCCCUUUAGGUGUAAUAAUAAAAUUUUAAAUUUUAACUAAA